AGGAGGAGGCAGGAGAGGAUGCGGCGGGGCAGCGAUGCUGCGUGUGAACCCCCCUCUGCCUGAGGAGAAAGACAUCACCCUCCGAGGGGAAGGAGGAAAGUGGGGAGAAGGCGGCCAAGCUGGCACAGAGCCCGCUCAGCUCUCCCGGCGACUGCCCGGGGCUCGCCUGGCACCCGAGUAAAGUUUUCCCGAGCUCGGUGAAGAAAAGGGGAGGAGGCAUGUGAGAUCCGUCUCCUAGCGCACACCUGGGCUGCUAGCCCCGGCCCUGCUGGGACUAGCCAUGGCUUUGGCAUCCCCGACGGAAGGGUGAAGGGGAGACCCGGAGCACCCGCUCUCUCCAUCGCCUCCCCCGGCCCCUCGCCCAGCCCAGGGAUUUCAAGGCAGCAUGAGACCAGACAUAGCCUUUUCGACAGAGUGUACACCCCGUGAGGACUGAGGUGACCUCCGAGACUCAUCUCAACAUGUUCAGUGAAAAGAGCAGUGCCUCUUUGCCCCAAAAACCCAUCCAGAAAAAGACACGACCUCAGGGCCUUCCCUCCCCUGCUCUCUGCUGCGCUUGUGGACUUUGCAUCAUGCUAGCAGGGAUCAACAUCACUUUAGUGGGAGCGUUUGCCUUUGGGACCUUUCUCCCCGUGAACAACCCUCCCAUCAUCAUUGGACCCAUCUUGCUGGUGGUGGCCUUCACAUUCUUCGGUGCCUGCUGCAUCUGCAGCCGGAGGCCUCCAGCUCAUGGGGCCAGGAAAUCCAAACCAGGUUCCAACAUUGGGCUCAUCAAACCUGGCAACACAGCCUUUGAAAUUGAAACUAGCGAGCACACGGUGCAGGAUACCACUGCUGUUCAGCUGAGCCCCACAAAUUCCCCCAUCUCCUCGAAAAAGUCCACACCGGUUCACGAGAAUGCGAAGACUUGCAAGCUCUUCACCAUGGAAGGGAACGGGCCGGUGGUCAAGUACACCACAGGAGGAGAGGCGAUACAGCUCAACUUGCCCAGGGACCUGGCCACAUCCUAAAGCCAGGCAGAGCUUUUGUUAGCAGCCAGCCAGACACUGCAAUGGCUGGGCUGGAAAUCUGUCAUGUCAGAGGUGUGGGGAAGGUGCUUGUGAAGAACCAGCAGAGACGGGUCUCUCUGAAUCAAUUUAAGAGAGGUGGAUGCAACAGCAGAAAAAUUCCAGAUUUUUGCUGAAAGGAACAUGUCCCAUUACAUGUCUUUAAAAAGAAAAUUGAUAAUGAUGUUGCUGUGAAAGGAUGACUCUUCAGUUUCUGGGAAUACACCAGCUUUUGGGGGGAGCAGAUAGGAAGAGGGGAAUGGAUUUAUCUAGCAUAACAUGGAAAUGUGAUGGCUGGAAGGAGGGGGUACACGGGGCUGACAAAUGACAGGUCUUUCUUCUCAGAAGUGAAGCAAUUCUUGAAGCAGGAAUGCAGUAAAUUACAGCUUGCUGCCACUCAGUCACAAGAAGAUUUCAGCAGUUUUAGUGCCAAGCUUUUUGGCAGUAGGGACGAAGCUAUGUGUUUGCUACUGAAAAAGCAGUGUGAAACAAUCUCCCCUCUG